AUGCGGCCCUCGGAAGGACUGGAAGUGAGCCACAUCCCCGGUUUGGUCGUCCUGGCGGCGUGGGGCGUGAGCGGGCAUCGAGAGCAAAGUCGAGUCCUCGUUGCCGUGGAGGAAGCCGUCAAAGGGCGGGGGAAGGUAGAGCGUGCAGUUGUAAUCCUUCCCCGAGAGGAUCCCGCCGUAGAGGAUGGUGGUAUCCGUCGUCGAAAGCCCGGCCUCGUGGCGUCGGCUUCCCGCUGCCAACUCCCCUUCCCUUGA